AUGGACGGAGAGGGAUGCCUAGCCUGCGCACGGGCAGGCGAUGCGACCGGGUGCAGCCUGCGACGCAAGCGGGGCCGGCCACGCAAGCCCAAGCCCGACCCCAACGCCCCCAAGUCUCAUACCGUGCCCAAGCCACCGCCGUUCGUCGUAACCUCGGCCUCGGCACCGCAGCCGCAACCAUCACCCUCGAUCAACCUGGGACAGCGGCCUGCGCCCCACCGCGCGGCCGAGGCCUUCGCCGGUCACUCCGGCAUGCGCACAGCUCCUCAGCAUGCGUGGGCGAUGCCCACCCCAUCACCAUCGGCCGCUGCCACGCCUCACCACGUCUCUCCGCCGUCUUGGCCACGAGAGCCACAAAGUGGAAGGGCCAACACGCCUCGGUUCGAGGAAUCACCGCCUCCGCCACGCGGGCAUGACCGUGCGCACAAACGGAAGCGCAGCUCGAGUCAUGGAAGUGACGCCGAUCUAGACGAGCAAGAGAGUACAACGUCGAGUCGACGCAGCAGAGAACGGAGGAAGGAGAAGCGAGGCGAUGGGGCGUGCGCGGAGCCCACACCGCAAACAACGGUGGUGCCUGGCGUGCUGCAGCUGCUGAUCGACGAACUGCGGGACAUGCGGCGGAGCGUCAAGUGCAUGAAGAAGGACGUACACAAGCUGUCGUCGAAACAGCUCUGCUUCAGCGACAUGCAGCACGAGCUAGCGCAAACGCUCGAUUCGAUUCCCCUCCCGUUGGGGACUGGCGAUGAGCCAUGCCCCAGCCCAUCGUAUUCGACUUCGUCAUCGUCAUCGUCGUCGUCAUCAUCAUCGCCGUGGACCUCCUCAUCAAGGGAACAAUCAUCGAUGAAGGCCGAGACAUCUUAUUCUGCGGCACUGACAGCAGUGUCGGUUCAAGCGCUCUAUCCGCACCUGCAUGAACCCAUUCGUGCGAUGCGAAAACAAUUCGUGCUCCAGUUUCCGUUCUUGGCGUGCUACAACCUCGACACGCGUGACGUGCCUUUCGUCAUCGACGACCUCCAUAAACCGAUUGCUAUAGGGCGCAUCAUGCCCGACCCCACCAGAAUGCGGUUGCCAAUGCCGCACAUCGUCUACGCAAAUGAAGCAUUCUGCGCGACGCUGAACUACGAACUGGUAAUCUGCUCUCCACGAGCUGCAAGGAUGUCCCAUCUCAAGAUUGGCAUACCCACCGAGGCCCAAAAGGCUCGCAUGCUUGAACACCUACUGCACCGCGCACACCCGGACUUGGGCGAUGUCCUCCACUUUGAGAUGCUGAUGCGGAGAAAAGACGGCAGCGUCAUACGCACCUCUUCGCGUGCCCAGGUCUUCUUUGACGGCGACGGAAAUAGAGACUCACCUGUCCAUCUUCUCCUGACUCUCGCCUUGGCCGCACCGCAACAAGAUUCGGACCCCAUCACCGACAGCGUGUCGUGGCUCCUCUUCCCCUCCUACUAUUCUUCGCCAUCUUCAGGCCCCUCUCCACCGACCACAUCUUCCCCCUGGCCCACCUAA